AAACAGGAGACGAAGCAGACCAAAAUGGGGCAGUUAUGCAAACUUGUACUGUUCGUUUUGGUUCUGAUGGCAGUGCUACACAAGUCAUCAGGAGGAAAGAAAGUGUUUGGGGGCAAGAACACCCCUUCCAAGAAGCCAUCCAAUAAGCCAUCACAAGGGACCAAGACCCAACCUAACUAUCCCAGGCAACCCUCUUAUCCUAGUGCAGGAAGUAACCCAGGUAACCCUAACCAGAAGUAUCCUGGUAGAGGCAGCUCUAGUCCGGGAGCAGGUAGCUAUCCAGCUGCUGGAAGCUAUCCUUCGGCUGGUGGCAACACCAAUCAGUAUCCAGGAAGAGGGGGAUCCAACCCAGCCGGAAAUCCCAACCAGAAACCUGGAGCAGGUGCCUAUCCAGCUGGUGGCAGCUAUCCUUUAGCUGGUGGCACCCCCAAUCAAUAUCCGGGAAGAGGGGGAUCCAACCCAGCAGGAUAUCCCAACCAGAAUCCUGGAGCAGGUGCCUAUCCAGCUGGUGGCAGCUAUCCUUCGGCUGGUGGAAACCCCAAUCAUUAUCCGGGAAGAGGGGGAUCCAACCCAGCAGGAUAUCCCAACCAGAAUCCUGGAGUAGGUGCCUAUCCAGCUGGUGGCAGCUAUCCUUCGGCUGGCGGCAACCCCAAUCAGUAUCCGGGAAGAGGGGGAUCCAACCCAGGAGGAUAUCCCAACCAGAAUCCUGGAGCAGGUAGCAAUCCUGCUGGUGGCAGCUAUCCUUCAGCUGGUGGCAACCCCAAUCAAUAUCCGGGAAGAGGGGGAUCCAACCCAGCCGGAUAUCCCAACCAGAAUCCUGGAGCAGGUAGCUAUCCUGCUGGUGGCAGCUAUCCUUCGGCUGGUGGAAACCCCAAUCAGUAUCCAGGAAGAGGGGGAUCCAACCCAGCAGGAUAUCCCAACCAGAAACCUGGAGCAGGUGCCUAUCCAGCUGGUGGCAGCUAUCCUUCGGCUGGUGGCAACCCCAAUCAGUAUCCGGGAAGAGGGGGAUCCAACCCAGCAGGAUAUCCCAACCAGAAUCCUGGAGCAGGGGGUUACUCUAACCAGUAUCCAGGUAGAAGUGGGUACAGCCCUGGUGGGUAUCCAGCAGGUGGAUCUUACCCAGUAAGAACUGCAGGGCAGUCUGUAGGAUACCCAGGAGGACACCCUUCCAUUGGAGGGGGAUAUCCCAACUGGAACCCCAACAAUAAGAUUCUCAGUCCACGCUAUGGAGGCUCAUUUGGAGGUGGUGGGUUUGGCAUGGGUGGCUCCCCUUUCUCUAAUACAGUGAAAAGCAUGGGCUAUGGUCCUUCUGUUAAAUCCAAAGGCUUCGCAAAAAAGGCAAUGCUAGCUGCAGGCAUUGGGGCAAUAGCAGGAAUGGCAGUAGGCUAUGGAAUCGGAAACUUUCCACGCCCCAACUUCCAAUUCAGUAGCCCUCAGGAGGAGCAUCAAUACAACCACUAUAUGUACAAACGUCAGGGCAUUCGUUCUAAAGACAGAAAUAACAAAGUAGGACCAAACUACACAUCAAAGCAACCAUCCCAGUCGUAUGAGCAAUACAUGAGCUCAUGCAUGAAGCGAAAGGAUCUUCUAAAAGAGCAGGACACAACAGAUUCUGAAAAUCACAAGAACAUUCAAAGAGAUGAGCCACUGACUGAUUAUGCAGCUAUGAAUAUAGACUACUUAGAGAAAGGUGGGCCGGAGAAGAAUGACACCACAUCCCCUACAACUGUCAAUAAUUAUCCAAAGGCUGCUGCGAUUCGUGAGGAUGAUGAUGACACAGUGAGUAUCAUACAGAUUGGUUAUCCAGCUCUCAUUGAGCAGAUGAAAGCUCGAAAGUGUGUUGAGUUGUACUUGGUUCAUUCUGAGAACUUAAUGGAGAAGCAGAAAAAAGAUGUGAAGGACAAAAAGGGAAGAAAAGUUUCCAGUCCUUCCAGUAACCACAAUGGACAUCGUGUCUCUGAAGUGCUUCUGUUGCUCACUACUUUCUUUAUGCUUCUUAGUUGCACUUAGUAGUGCAGUCAACACUGAUUACAUAUAAAGGAACACAAUUGCCCGUCCUUUCCACUCUCUAAAUCUAGGAAUCCAAAGGGGAAGUUACAUUUUAAAUGUUGUGUAUAUUAUCAGUCUUGACUGAAGUUUCUCUUAUCUGCUCAAAAUGUAAAAAGACU